AUGGCUGCCUCCGUGGAGCAUACGUGACUGCUGUUUGGAAUUGAUUUAAGUUGUUCUGUCUCUUCUAAACUAAUUUUCCAGCUGAAGAAAUAUAUCAUCAGCGAAAAGCUGCGGAAAUUGGAGAUCCCUAAAAAGUGGCCACAGCAAGGUUAGCCAAAGUGUAUUUGAAAAGAUUUGUACCUAAUGGCUUCUUUCAAACCAACACGAAUUCCAUCAUACCCCAAGCUUGGAGAGAAGGUCACCCAAGACACAUUAUACUGGAAAAAUUAUAAGACUCCCAUCCAGAUUAAGGAAUUUGGAGCAGUCACUACAAUAGACUUUUCUCCUCUGUCCCCAUACAAUUGUGCAGUCACUGCAUCAACAAGGAUCCACAUAUACGGGCCCUACUCUCAGGAGCCUGUGAAAACCUUCACGCGUUUCAAAGACACAGCCUACAGUGGCACGUUCCGCUCAGAUGGGCAGCUUCUGGUGGCAGGAAGCGAGGACUCCGUGGUGCGGCUGUUCGACGUCAGUGGCAGAGUGGCGCUCAGGCAGUUCUGCGGGCACUCCAAGGCAGUACAUGUCACAAACUUCACAUCAGAUCGGUUCCGGAUAUUUUCGGGGUCUGAUGACUACACAUGUAGGCUGUGGGACAUCCCAAAUUCAGUUGAACUCGUCACGUAUAGUGAACACACUGAUUACGUGCGCUGUGGGACCACAAGCAAGUUGAACCCUGACCUUUUUGUCACAGGCUCUUAUGACCACACCAUAAAGGUGUUUGAUGCACGGACAGACAAGAGCGUGAUGACCAUGGAUCACAGCCAGCCCGUCGAGAGUGUCCUGCUGUUUCCGUCUGAGGGACUUCUGGUGUCAGCAGGUGGGCGGUACGUGAAGGUGUGGGACCUGCUGAAAGGGGGCCAGGCACUGGUGUCCCUGAAGAACCACCACAAGACGGUGACCAGCCUGUGCCUGAGCAGCUCUGGGCAGAGACUGCUAUCAGGGUCUCUGGACAGACAUGUGAAGGUUUACAACACAACAACCUACAAAGUGGUUCACAACUUCGACUAUGCUGCCUCCAUUCUGAGCGUCGCUCUGGCUCCUGAAGAUGCAGUUCUGGUGGUCGGAAUGACAAACGGGAUCCUGAGUGUGAAACACAGGAAGUCUCCAGAGGAGAAGACGGAGGCCCUCAGUAAAAGGAGGCGGCCAGCGUACCGCGUCUUCGUCAAGGGGCGGAACUACGCGCCGAAACAGGAUGAUUUCUUGGUCAGCAAACCAGUCAAAACGCAUUUGAAAAAGUACGACAAGCAGCUGAAGGGAUUCCAGGUCUCUAAAGCUCUGGACACGGUCCUGGAGCCCUGGAUCAGAAUGAAGACCCCUGAGGUGACCGUGGCAGUGAUGCAGGAGCUGAACCGCAGAGGGACCCUGAAAAACGCCCUGGCCGGCCGCGACGAGAAGGGCCUCAGCGUGCUGCUAAGCUUCCUCAUUAGCAAUGUUGUUGAUCCCAGAUUUGCUCCAGUUCUAGUGAAUGUUGCUGAGAUGAUUUUGGACAUCUACACGCAGGUGGUGGGGCAGUCCCCAGUAGUGGACAAGCAGAUCAUCAAGCUGCAGGAGCUGAUUGAGAGGGAGAUCGACCUUCAGCAGGAGCUGGUGGAGGUGCUGGGCAUGCUGGACACCCUCUUCGCCACCAUGACAACCAAAAAAGAGGUCGCCGCCCCAGAGGGCAGAGCCAAUGGGGUGCCGGCGACUGGGGCACAGGGCCAGAGCCUACAGGCUUCCUGAUGCCUCCUGCUGACUGCUUUCCAGGCCUGGCGCGGCUCCUGUAUGGCAUCUGGAAACUCAUUGGAGAAGGCAGCUGCUAGCUAGGGCACAGAGGAAAAUUCCGGAAGUGUGCGUGUAAAUAUCCCCACCACAAAAGUGUACAGUCAAGUGACCAGGAAAGUAUCCACCUUUCAUGUGAUCAUUGGGUACAUGCUGGGACCUUUGCACUUGGUGGUAUUUUGGGGAAAAAAGACUGCCUCUAAGAAACAUCAGCAUUUGUUUAAUAACAAAAGGAGGCAACAUUGAAGAGAUGCCUCAGAUACACAUCCAUAUGUUCUUUAGAAAGAAUGUGUGGACAGGAACAAAAAAGUCCCACUUUUUGUCAAAACAUACAGAAAAAUAAUGAGUUUAGUAGGAAUGUCAGUAAAAUGUGUUAGACUGCGACAGGCUGUUUUCACUGUUUUAAUUGUAUAUAUUCUAGUGUGUUCUGUUUUUGGCCUUUUCAAAUCCCUGCAAUGGAAAAUGCCUGAUAGGUAUAAACUUUACAUUUUAGAUACUCCUUUUUAAGCAUCAAGACUGAGCUUCUAAAGAUUAUGUUGGAAGACUAGGUUUGCAUAACAGAGUACA